UUUUAAGUAUUUUACAAAUAAAUUAAUUUUUUAAAUUUUACUAGUUUCUAUACUUCAUAAUUGUUGUUAUAUCUAUAUACUAGUAGUUUAUCAUGAAUAUUUUGUAUAAUGUGCAGAAAUUUCCACUUGUUAAUUAUAUUAAAAUGUGUUAAUUAUACUAAUUUGUGCGAUUUGGUUAAUGUUUUAUUAAUUUGGUUUAAAUUUGUUUACGCACUUUGGUGCUUUUAAAAAAUUCUCCGGAUUCUCACCCUAUCUUUACAUUAAAUAUCUAUUAUUAAGCUUUAAAUUUGAUAAUUUUUUCCAAUUUUUAGUUUUACAUUUACACAUUAAAAUUUAGUGUUUAGAUUGUUCAACUUUAUACGUAAUAUAAUGGUUAUGCCUAAAUUGCCUUUAAUUGUACCUAAAAGGGCUUCACCUCCUGUUAAACCCAGUGAUAGCACUUUUAACGCUAGUAAUACUGCUAAUGUAACUGGAGAUAAUCAUUUACCCUCAAACCCCCUAAACUCAGACAAUAAUUCCACUAACUUUAAUUCCCAGAAAUUAACAAAACUAGUCUCAAAUUCUACACUAAAUUUAAAAAAAUCCCCUUCAACUCAUGGCUCAGUAAAUACUGCCAAUAAUAGUAAUAAUGGGAAUGAGAAUUUUUAUGAAGAUUUAUCUUUAAGGUUAAACAGUUCAACUAUACUGUCAGAUUUAAACGCCACACCUAGCUAUCAAAAUACUACUACCACCACUAAUAAUAAUAAAGAAGACGAAAUGGAAGAAGAUGAAGUUGGUUAUACUCCUUGGUUGAAAGUUGAGAAAAGAAUCAAUGAAAUUAGAUCCUUUUACUCCCACAUGAACCGUAACACCCCUAACGCAACUAAUAACACAAGCAAUACUACUAGUAGUAAUAAGGAUGGCGAGAAAAAAAGUGUGUAUUCGAAUUAUGGAACUAAAUAUAUAGAAGAUGGAUGGAAUAAGGAAGUAGAUCAUCCCUUGAAGUAUGCAACAAUUCAGAAAUUAAAGGCAAAAAAAUCAUAUGAAAAUGAUUUUAAGGAUAACUGGAAGUUUGUAAACGGCUUUUUAAGGCCAAGGAGAAAACCUUUCACAAGCAUUUCAGAAAUGUCAAAGUAUUACAAUAAAGUUGACGCUAAGGAUCAAUAUGAAAUGAUAAGAUUACUGCUGGCGUGUAGAGAUUUGGAGCGCUUAAUUGAGGAACAACACACUGUUUUGGACAUGCUAGACCAUGAUUUAAGAGAAGCCCGUGAUUCAUUUUCGGAUUUAACAAAUGCAUUUAAUGGCCAAAAAUUGUUCGGAUCUGGUCCCAAAAAUGAACCUCAAUAUCCUACAGCUGACGUACCACUUUUCAUUAAAGGGAGAUUAUCACUAUUACCCAAUCAAUAAUAUUUUAAUACACCA